AUGUCAAAGUUUGUUAUCACCUGCAUAGCUCAUGGAGAAAAUCUCCCAAAAGAAACCAUCGACCAGAUUGCGAAAGAAAUUACUGAAAGCUCGGCGAAAGAUGUAUCAAUCAAUGGUACCAAGAAACUAUCGGCCAGAGCUACCGAUAUAUUCAUUGAAGUCGCAGGAUCGAUUGUUCAAAAAGACCUCAAGAAUAAGCUGACGAACGUCAUUGACAGUCAUAAUGAUGUUGAUGUUAUUGUUUCUGUCGACAAUGAAUAUCGUCAAGCCAAAAAGCUCUUUGUCUUUGACAUGGAUUCAACAUUAAUCUACCAAGAGGUCAUCGAAUUGAUUGCCGCUUAUGCUGGUGUUGAAGAACAAGUGCACGAGAUCACAGAAAGAGCCAUGAACAAUGAACUUGAUUUCAAAGAGUCUUUAAGAGAACGCGUUAAAUUAUUGCAAGGCCUCCAAGUCGAUACACUAUAUGAUGAAAUAAAACAAAAGCUAGAGGUCACCAAGGGUGUGCCAGAACUAUGCAAGUUCCUUCACAAAAAAAAUUGCAAGCUCGCUGUUUUAAGCGGUGGUUUUAUUCAGUUUGCCGGUUUUAUCAAGGAUCAGUUAGGUUUAGAUUUUUGUAAGGCAAACUUGUUGGAAGUUGACACUGAUGGAAAAUUAACCGGUAAAACACUGGGUCCUAUCGUAGACGGACAGUGCAAGAGUGAAACCCUUCUGCAACUAUGUAAUGACUACAAUGUUCCAGUUGAAGCAAGUUGUAUGGUGGGUGACGGUGGUAACGACCUGCCAGCCAUGGCUACCGCCGGGUUUGGGAUCGCAUGGAACGCCAAGCCAAAGGUGCAGAAAGCUGCACCUUGUAAGUUGAAUACCAAGAGCAUGACUGACAUUUUAUACAUUCUUGGUUACACCGAUGAUGAAAUAUACAAUAGACAAUGA